GCUCCCCGGGGCGGUGCCGCCCGGUCCCGCCCCGCCGGUGUCCGGUUACCCGGGACCCGCCAGCCCGGGGGUGUCGCGCGCCCGCGCCCCGCAGCAGGCGCCAUGGCGGAGGCCCACCAGGCCGUCGCGUUCCAGUUCACGGUCACACCCGAGGGCCUUGACCUGCGGCUGAGCCGCGAGGCCGUGCGGCAGCUCUGCCUCGCCGCCGCGCACGCGUGGAAGAAGCGCCUCGUGCAGGCCAAGAACACGUUCCUGAGUGGGGUGUACCCGGCCUCCCCGUCCAGCUGGGUGCUUGUGGUCAUGGCCACUGCUGGCUCCGUCUACUGCCAGGUGGACCCUUCCCGGGGACUCAUCACCCGCAUCCAGCACUACCUGCCCCAGAGCCGGUUCCUGAGCCCCAGCGGGCAGGAGGCGCUGAGCGCGGCGCUGUUCGGCACCGGCGUGUGGCUGGGCACGGUGCUGCUGUUCCGCCGCGCCCUGCGCCUGCUCCUGACCUACCAUGGGUGGAUGUUCGAGCCCCACGGCCGCCUCAGCCGCCGCACCCGCGUCUGGAUGUUGGGGAUAGGAUGGAAUGGAUGGAGAUGGGGUGGAUGGCAUGGGAUGGGGAUGGGAUGGGUUUGGGGUCACCCGAGCCCAAUUCUGCAGUACCUGGAGUCGGUGCGGCCCCUGAUGGACAAUGAGAAGUACAACAAGAUGGAGACGCUGGCCAAGGAGUUCAAGGAGACGAUCGCACCGCGGCUGCAGAAGUACCUGAUCCUCAAGUCCUGGUGGACAACCAACUACGUCAGUGACUGGUGGGAGGAAUACAUCUACCUGCGCGGCCGCAGCCCCAUCAUGGUCAACAGCAACUACUACGCCAUGGAUUUCCUGUACGUGACCCCCAGCCACAUCCAGGCUGCGCGCGCCGGGAACGCGGUUCACGCCAUGAUCCUGUACCGCCGCAAGCUGGACCGCGGCGAGCUGCCCCCCCUGAUGGCGCUGGGCAUCGUCCCCAUGUGCUCCUCCCAGUCGGAGCGGAUGUUCAACACCACCCGCGUCCCGGGCAAGGAGGCCGACCAGCUCGUGCACCUCGGGGACAGCCGGCACGUGGCCGUGUUCCACCGCGGGCGGUUUUACCGGCUCUGGCUCUACAAGGGGGCCCAGCUCCUGCCGCCCUGUGACCUCCAGCUCCAGUUCCAGCGCAUCCUGGAUGAUCCCUCGGGACCGCAGCCGGGCGAGGAGCGGCUGGCGGCGCUCACCGCGGGGCAGAGGGUGCCGUGGGCCGAGGCGCGCGCGCGGUUCUUCAGCCGCGGCCCCAACAAGGCAUCGCUGGACGCCAUCGAGCGCGCCGCGUUCUUCGUGGCGCUGGACGAGGAGGCGCAUGGCGCGGCGCCGCGGCGCGAGGGCUGCAUGGACGCCUACGCCAAGUCCCUGCUGCACGGGCGCUGCUGCGACCGCUGGUUCGACAAGUCCUUCACCCUCGUGGUCUACAGCAACGGGAAGCUGGGCGCCAACGCCGAGCACUCCUGGGCCGACGCGCCCGUCAUCGGCCACCUCUGGGAGUUCAUGCUGGGCACAGACCGGUUUGAGCUGGGCUACACCGAGGAUGGGCACUGCAAGGGGGAGCCCAACACCGCGCUGCCCCCCCCGCAGCGCCUGCAGUGGGACAUCCCAGAGGAGUGCUGUGCAGCCAUUGAGCGCUCGUACCUGCUGGCCCGGACGCUGGCUGAGGACGUGGACUUCCACGUGUUCCAUUUCUCGGACUUUGGGAAGGGGCUCAUCAAGCGGUGCCGGACCAGCCCCGACGCCUUCAUCCAGAUCAGCCUCCAGCUCGCCCACUUCCGCGACAAGGGCCAGUUCUGCCUGACGUACGAGGCGUCCAUGACGCGGCUGUUCCGUGAUGGCCGCACCGAGACCGUGCGCUCCUGCACCGCCGAGUCCACGGCCUUCGUGCGCAGCAUGGCCGACCCUGCGCAGAGCCGCGCGGAGCGGCAGCGGCUCUUCCGGUUGGCGGCAGAGAAGCACCAGCUCAUGUACCGCUUGGCCAUGACCGGCGCCGGCAUCGACCGACACCUCUUCUGCCUCUACCUGAUGUCGCGGUACCUGGGGCUGCAGUCGCCCUUCCUUGCCCAGGUGCUGUCGGAGCCAUGGCGUCUCUCCACCAGCCAGACCCCACAGCAGCAGCUCAACAUGUUCGACCUCAACAAGUUCCCCGACCACGUCUCCACCGGCGGUGGCUUCGGGCCUGUGGCGGAUGACGGUUAUGGUGUCUCCUACAUGAUAGCUGGGGAAAACCUGAUCAACUUCCACGUGUCCAGCAAGUUCUCGAGUCCUGAGACGGACUCGAAGCGCUUCGGCAGGCACAUCCGUCAGGCCAUGCUGGACGUCGCGGAGCUCUUUGACAAACCCAAGUGAUGCUGGAGCCAAGCCCCGGGCGAGGGGCGCGGAGCUG